AUGGCAGACACUUCCGUUGGAGGCACGCAUGAAAACGAAUCAGUGACCACCCGUGUAUCUGAGCCGAGUUCUGUUGAGGAUCGUGAGGUGCGUAAAAUGGUGGCUUUGACAAUUGUUUCAGUAGAUAUUAACUAUGCAGCCAACCAGAUUACACAUGGGACAUCACAGAGUCAGAGGGGCGGCGUGACAGUGAACUCCGUUGGCCUUGAAGAAAACACUGGUGACGGUACACCUGUGGUGAAUAUAAACAUAUCGAUUGAUGAUGAUGCCCUUCUCCGCGAGCUUGCUCAGUUUGCUGUCCAGCUGAUGAUCAGACAAUCAGACCCUGAACAAUCAUCUUCCACCCCCAUCGAACCUCCCGACUUUUUACUUCGACAAGUGCUUGGCGCAGAACAAAUGAUGACAUCCGCCAAUAAACUCCAAGAACAAUUCGAUGACACGCUAAAUAUAAACAAUUUGGACGCGGCAAUUAUAUUCUAUCGUGAAGGUAUGAAAGGCCUGCCUCACGGUCCAGAAUGCGGGUGCCAUAUUGAGAGCCUCAAAAAACUGGCAAAUGCAUUGUUAACUCGAUUUCAGCAAGGUGGUCAGAAAUGCGAUCUUGACGAAGCGAUUUCUUUGCACAGGCAUGCUCUUGAACUGCUUUCAUCUGCCCAUCCAGAUCGAUCGUCCUCCCUCAACAAUCUUGCGAGUGCACUGUUAAUCCGUUUUGAGCACGGCGGCCAAACCCCGGGUGACAUUGACGAAGCUAUUUCCAUAUCCAGGGAGGCUCUUGAACUACAACUAUCUCCUGAUCAGGAUCGAUCUCUGUCUCUUAAUAAUCUUGCUAAUUCGUUGACACUUCGAUAUGAAAAAAGUGGUCAGAAAACCGACCUCGAGCAGGGAAUUUCCGCCUUUGAGGAAGCUCUUGAAAAUCUUCCCUCGUCUCAUUCCAAUAGGCCAGCCUUUCUUGUCAACUAUGCCAUAGCGCUGUCAACCCGUUUUAGGCAAGACGGUCAGAAAGGCGACCUUGAUAAAGCGAUGUCAAUGUACAGAGAGAGUCUUGGAUUACUGCCAUCAACCCAUCCCUAUCGAUCCACGUGCUUAAACAACCUGGCCAUUGCUCUCUCAAACCGGUUCGAUAAAUUUAGUGAAAAAGAAGACCUUGAUGAAGCAAUUUCCAUGCACAGGCAGGGUCUUGCCCAUCUCCCACCUUCACACCCCAUUCGAUCCCCGGCACUCAACAAUCUUGCCUCUGCACUAAACACCAGGUUCCAACGAGAUGGUCAUCAAGAGGAUUUCGAAGAAGCAAUGUCGUUGUUGUCCACUGCCGCCCAGAGUCGCUCCCAAUCUCCUACCCUUUGUUUCCUUUUUUGCAAGCACUGGAUAACUUUAGCGACCAAGCAACAUCAUUUUUCGUUAAUCACUGCUUAUGAAACUGCCCUCCGAAUAUUACCACAAGUAGCUGCUUUAACGUUGACUGUGGAUUUACGUCACCAGGCAUUAAUUUCGAGAGCCGACGGUUUAGCUAGGGACGCAUCACAAUGUGCUAUUCGUGCGGGCGAUCUUUCUAAGGCUAUUGAGCUUUUGGAAGGAGGAAGAAGUAUCUUUUGGGCUCAGGUCAUUUCUCUUCGGUCACCCUUUGAUCAACUUCGGGAUGUUGCACCUGAAUGCUCUAGCAUGGCAGACAGGCUCCAGGUUAUCGCUCAAGAACUUGAGAUGGGCUCCCAACGCGACAUUUCUGCGCACAUUCUGGACAAUCAUACUAGGUUGUCCGUUGACGAGGAAUCGUCCCGCCUCAAUCGUCUCAUUGAAGAGUGGGAAGAGAUUAUUCUCAAAGUUCGGGAGUUACCAGGGCUCGAGGACUUCUUGCUUCCACCUCGCCUGUCAACGCUUCGCACUGCAGCGUCCAAACAUCCCAUUGUGCUUCUUGUUGCUAAUGAUGAUGAAAGUCACUGCCUCAUCAUGACAUCGACCAACAUUCACCACAUCACACUCCCUGACUUCAGCAAGUCUGCCUUGCACACCCUUGUUCUUCUUGUUAAUACUGCUGUUUCUGAUUUGCCAAUAUCGCGUUCUCUUGUUGAGAGUAUGAGAGGCACUUUCACCCAGAAUCGUGGAAUUAGCUUUGAGGAUGAUGACGAUAUUUCAUCUGAUGAUGUUUUCAAGUUAGUGUUGAAAUUCCUCUGGGACAAACUAAUUAUCCCAGUGAUUGGUUUGCUGGGAAUCAAGAAAUCGAGCGAUCUGUCCUUCAUACAGUGGUGUCCGACUGGUCAUUUUACCUUCCUUCCUAUCCAUGCUGCUGGUCUUUACAAUAGCGACAAUUCGACUAUCGAGUGUGCAUCGGAUUAUUUCAUAUCCUCAUACACCCCAACAUUAGGUGUACUUCUUUCCGAACCAUCGUUACACCCUUCCCAGAAAUUUAAGAUGAUGACGGUAAUCCAGUCGCAUGAUUUGUCUUCUACGAAAUUGGAGAUGCAAAACAUUCGAGAAUAUGUCCCCGACGAUGCUUUGACGGUGAUGGGAGUCUCCGAGUCACCUGCCUAUGUUGAAACGGUCGCCUCCAGCCUCUCAGAUGUUUCUAUAGCUCAUUUCGCAUGCCAUGGUUAUCAAGACCCAUCAAACCCAUUGGACAGCUGGCUUAAGCUCGACGAUGGACAACUCCGAAUUUCAAGGAUAAUGAAAGAAAAGAUGCCUAACGGGGCACUAGCGUUCCUUUCUGCCUGUGAAACUGCUAUGGGGGAUGCUCAACUGCCUGACGAAGCAAUGAGCUUGGCUGCAAGCUUGAUAUUCUGCGGAUUUAGACGGGUUGUUGCAACUAUGUGGAUGAUGAGGGAUCACGAUGGCCCUAUCGUGGCCAACGCAUUUUACCGCGAGCUUUUCCGUGGUCCUGACGGGGAGAAAACCCCUUUACCAGCCGUUACGAAGUCUGCAUAUGCGCUUCAUGUUGCGGAUAAUCGCUGCGUAACGCGUUUUGUCUCUAAUCACCAACAUCUCCUUCCUCCCACUAAAAUCAUGUCUUUGAAAGUACCAAAAGCAAACAAUUUGCAACUUUUCAAGGAUGGAUACAAGCAACUUUCAGGCUUGGACGAGGCCGUGUUGCGGAACAUCCAGGCUGUGAAUGAGCUCUCUGAUCUCGUACGAACGAGUUUUGGACCGAAUGGGCGGAAUAAACUCCUCAUCAACCACCUUGGCCGGCUCUUUGUUACUUCGGAUGCGGCCACGAUCAUCAGGGAGAUCGAGGUGGUGCACCCUGCAGCGAAGCUGCUAGUAAUGGCCUCACAGUCCCAGGAAGCGGAGAUGGGAGAUGCGACGAAUAUGGUGCUGAUCUUUGGAGGGGAGCUGUUGAAAUUGGCGGAGAGCUUGCUCAUUAUGGGCCUGCACCCCAGUGAGGUGAUCAAGGGAUAUGAGCUUGCGUCUGCCAAAGCCCAGGCUGAACUCGAAAAACUCUCUACAUUUAGUCUCCCAUCGCCAUUGACUCAGGAGACCCUUUCAUCGGCACUGAAACCCGCCAUCGCGUCGAAACAAUAUGGAUACGAAGAUACUCUCGCCUCGCUCGUCGCUGAAGCUGCACUUUCGAUCAUGCCCGCCAACCCGAAAAACUUCAACGUGGAUAACGUUCGUGUCGUUAAAAUCAUGGGUGGAAGCUUGUCUGGCAGCAAAGUGGUGCAGGGUAUGGUUUUUGGGAGGGAACCUGAAGGCACUGUGAAAAAGGCCCUCAAGGCCAAGGUUGCUGUGUUUACGACAGCGUUGGAUAUUGCGCAAACUGAGACUAAGGGCACCGUGCUCAUUAAAAAUGCGGAUGAAAUGCUCAACUUUACGACUGGCGAGGAAAAGCAACUCGAAAAGAUCAUCAAAGAAAUCGCGGACUCAGGGAUCAACGUGAUCAUCGCCGGAUCGAGCGUCGGCGAGCUCAUGAUGCACUACCUCAACCGCUACAACAUCGCCGUGCUUAAAGUCCUAUCCAAAUUCGAACUUCGCCGUCUCUGCCGCGUCGUGAAUGCGACUCCCCUCGCGCGCGUUGGCGCACCCACCGCCGAAGAAGCAGGCUUUGUUGACGUUUUCGAGACCACCGAAAUCGGUGGUGAUCGUGUGACGGUGCUCCGUCAGUUGCUACCUGGCGAGCCCGGCUUCGAUCCCGCAUCUCAGAGUGAAAAGACGCGGACGGCGACGAUCGUGCUGCGUGGCGCGACGUCGAACCACCUGGACGAUCUCGAGCGUGCGAUCGACGAUGGGGUGAAUGUAAUCAAGGGCUUGAUGAAGGAUGCACGACUAGUGCCUGGUGCUGGUGCGACGGAGCUGGAGCUGGCGAAGAGGGUGGAGGUGUAUGGCAGUGGGUUGAAGGGGCUGUCGCAGCAUUCCGUGAAGAAGUUCUCGAGUGCCCUUGAAGUUAUUCCUAGGACGUUGGCGGAGAAUGCACUUGGGGGCGCGGAGGGAAAUGAAGUUGUCAGCAGGCUUUGGGCGAAGCACGAGCAGAAGGGUGGAGAGACUUGGGGCGUUGAUAUUGAGGCUGAGACGGACGGAACGCUACAAGCUGAUCAACAUAAAAUUUACGACUCCCUCGCUGCCAAGGCCUGGGCUAUCCGACUAGCCACCGAGGCAGCCAAUGCCGUCCUCAGCGUGGAUAGCAUUAUCAUGAGCAAACCUGCUGGCGGACCCAAGAUCCCUCAACAGGCUGGCAACUGGGACGCUGAUGACUGA